UGUUGUGGCGAGCUUAACAACACGGCAGAGAGCAGGUUGGGCUGCCAUUCAGAGCGGUGUAACAGGAAAGUCGUGUCUCAAAGGUGUUGUUUAGCAAGGGCGGGUUAGUGUUAAAAACCGGGAUGAAAUUCGCUCUUCGUGGGAAAAAACAAGCGCUUUCUGUCUCAGAGGAAAUGCGCCUCCUCUCAUCCAACCAUACGGCUCCAGUGAUACGUUAGUAACGUUAACGUUAGCCAGCUAGCGGGACGUUGUUAGCCAUCCAGCGUCCCAGAUAACAUCGACUCGGAGAUAAUCAGCAUAGCUUUAACAAGGGUUUCUCUGUAAUUAAAGGAGGCCCGUACGUCAACGGGGUUUGCGUGAAAACCCGGAUAUUUUAUUUGCAUUUGCACUUCUCACUGCCAAGUCUGCCUUGUGCUGUCCACGUCCAGUGUGGUUACCGUUGCCAGAUGAGCUAGGCCACGUCCCUGCGGGUGUAUUUCAUCUAUUGACAUUGGAUGCAUGCACAGAGGAUGACUAGUGUGCGGAAGCAAGAGGGAGAGUAAAGAUCAGAAGAGGCAGGGGAGAAAUGUGAGAAAUCUUGAACAUUAAUGACUGUUUGAGUGUUUUUGCAGUACCGAGCGCCUGCCGCAUAUGAACGGCAUGUCACGUAGACAGAUGUGUUGUGUGCUGGGAGAAUACUCAUACCGAGCUCAGUAGGUUGUGGUUACUACCUGAAGUACUCUCUGAAAUGGUUGGUUUUGGUGCAAACCGACGGGGAGGCCGCCUCCCGUCCUUCAUUCUCAUUGCCUUGAUGGUGAUCAUCGCCAUACUGUCUUUCAACUACUGGACAGUGUCCAACAAGCACGGCCGCUUGCUGGAUGAACUGGUGGAGGUGCAGACGCAGGUGAAGCGCACGGACGCAGCCCGGAGCCGGCUGGAGAAGCGCAACUCGGAGCUGAUGGUGCAGGUGGACACGCACAGGAAGCAGAUCGACCAGAAGGAUGGAGACUACAGCGUCCUGGAGGGCAAGCUGCAGGCCCGCGAAGCGCUCGUCAAGAAGUGCACGGAUGAGAAGAUGAAGUUGCAGGGUGAUGUCACAGCCCAGAUGACAGAGAUCCUGAGACUGAAAGAGCAGCUAAAGGAGUUGAAGCAGGAGUUCAUGAAGCAGGAGGAGCAGCUGAGGGAGGUGAAGAAGAAUAGCACUACCCUUGAGAGAAGACUGGAGUAUGAGAGUUUACAGUGUGGACGUCAGAUCGCACAACUGAAAGAUGAAUAUGAAGAAACAAAAAAGACCCUGGAGGAUGAAGCAUCAAAGCUAAGACAGAGUGUUCUGGACAGCAGAAAGAACGUAGUGGUGGGUGGACAUGUAGGUGGCGCAACUGGUGUCGAGGUGGUGGGAGAACAGCGCACAGUGGCCACUCACCAGCGUGACAGUCCAGAUCUGAAAGAAGACAUGGGCAAACCCGGCAGUGAUGCUGGAAUGCCUGGCAUUGAGGACAGUGAGGUGGGAAAAAUAGAUGAUGUACAGUUUGCCCUCAAGAAGCCGUCCAUCACACAGAAGCACAUUGAUUCUCCUGAUGCAGUGGUGGGUGCUGGUGCUGGGCCUGGUGUUGGGGCAGCAGAUGGCCCUGGGGGCCGGGGUCUGUCUCUGGACCAACCCAGGCUCCAGCAGGACAGGGUGGAGGGUCGAGCAGCGGUGGCCCCACCUCCAGGGCUCCUCCAGCAGCCGCUCCCCCAGGCAGUGGCAGACAAACCGGUACUCUUUGAUGAGGAUAAUAAGGCAGGCAUCCAGGCAGACGAGUUUGGAGAACAGCACAGGCAACUCAGAGCUCCUGAUAAUGUGAAAGCAGAUGGUGCCCAGAUGAAAGGACUUCCAUUACCCCCCAACCCGGCCCAGGUGCCCAAUCCCAUCCAGCCUCACCACGCCAAAGACCAAGUUCCAGCAGAGCCAGUACACCACCGUCAGAGCCGGUUCUUUGAUGAGAACGAGUCCCCAGUAGAUCCGCAGCAUGGCUCUAAGCUGGCGGACUACAAUGGGGAUGAUGGGAACGUGGGUGAGUAUGAGGCCGACAAGCAGGCCGAACUGGCCUACAAUGAGGAAGAGGAUGGUGAUGGUGGGGAGGAAGACGUCCAAGAUGAUGAGGAUCGAGAUAUGCAGGGAGAUCGAGCUGUGGACUAUGGAAAACGACAUCAAGCCAUUGACAUUCUCUGAAUAGGAAUUCAUACACUUGUAUCUCACUUUAUAUUCAGACCGUCUUCUAUAUUUGGACAGCCAGUUCUGACAACCAAGGUCUUUCUUGGUAAAAUAGUUUGGACAUCAAUAUGCUUAAGAAUUAAUAGGGUGCAUCUUUAAUGGUCAUGGACUAUUUUGAAAAAUAGACAAUGCAACUAAUGAAUUUGUCAGUGCAGAGUAACCUAACAUCACAGAAUAUAAGAAACAAUUCAUGAUGACAAUGUCCUGAGCUGCUGUUCAUUUGCAAAUGUGUUUAAGUUAUAACAUGCAGCAGUAAUAAUGAUGUACUGUACAUUGACUUUUUUUUUUCUACAAUGGAGUGGUCUAAAUUAGCCCUGUUGACUUACAUCUGAACUUCAGUAUCAACCUGUUUUGUUUUUGCUCUUCUCAGAUUGCUGUUGCCUGAUAAAAACAAACUUUUUUCCUGGGAAGUUUGUCAAAGACACUGACUGGGCACUCUGCCCCUCACACAACUCUAGGAGUCAUGAAUGCCCACCCUGCUUUGAGAGCAAUGGGAACACAUAACUGAUGCCAAGGACUUUGCUUAUGGCCUCUUAAAGCAAUUACCUUUUUUUCCUGACAGACACUCAAAAGUGCUCCUCAUUCUGUUUUUUAAAUGAUGCCAAUGCAUGCAUUUUGGAAAUCUUUAUUAAUAAUCAAACUGAGCAGAAUACUGAUGCUUAAGCAAUACUUAGACCAAUGUUAGUAUCCACCAUGAUGUGCAAAGAUGAAGCAGUCACGUACAAAACUAACUGAACGCCACCUACUUCUGUCAACAAGGUCUCUUGUACUUAUGUAGUUGAACUGUUUUACCAUUUGUACUGAGACUCAAUUCUUCACAUUUAGGAAAAACAAACAGGAAAUCAUGAACAUGAGAUGAAUUCUGUUUAUGUAAGUAGCCAGGAAACUGGGUUUCUCACAGGAAGGCAUAUUGAAUGUAAUUUAAUUUUAUUAAAGGUGAUGCUUCAUGUCA